AGUGAGAGCUUCAAAACUGACUAUUAUCACCGUCGCAAUAAGGUGAUACACAUUGGACACUCAUCAUCCUUUUGCUGAGUAUUAGUAAGGACACCCACGGAUGCGGAUCUCGUUAAAAACAACGUUUAACACUAGAUCAGUGAUAUUUAACAGAUAUGCCGACAUCUUAAAUUCAGUAUCGACACAGCGGUAGAUGGUAUUGCACACCUAAUCUGUGAAGGGCUAAUUAUUUUAUUAGUGUUUAAACAGCCGUUUAACAGAUCUUCGCCACAGUUUUAUAUCAUCAACUAACUAUUUAUCAACAUUUACAUUUCACUUAAAAUCAGUUUCUGUUCCGAUCCGGAGAAGCUGUUCUGUGGAAUUUAAGUUAGAUUGAUCAAUUGAGUUUACUUGUAGUACAGACUUUCUGACCAUGAGUUCCUCGGACGAAGACAGAGGUAGGGCAGAAGGAGAAAUGUCAAGCCCUGGUCAUUCAGAACCUAUCUUUAUUAGAGCUUCGGAUCGUUAUCCAAGGACUCCAAAAUGUGCUCGAUGUCGAAAUCAUGGCGUUGUAUCCGCUCUAAAAGGACAUAAACGAUAUUGUAGAUGGCGAGAUUGUGUCUGUGCAAAAUGUACAUUGAUCGCUGAACGACAAAGAGUAAUGGCGGCACAAGUAGCCUUGAGGAGGCAGCAAGCUCAAGAAGAAAACGAAGCCAGGGAAUUGGGGCUACUUUAUGGCAAUAAUGGACUACUUCAAUUCAAUCCCGAAACAGUCGACAUCUAUCCAGACGCUAAGAAAUACAUGAUGAACAAACCUACAGGUCACACUAAUCAGGGUUCCACACCUUCUGCAACUGUUCCAAGCUCCCAAGAUGAAGGUCACAUGCAUCAUAUUUCCAAAAAAGCUCGUGUAGAACAUGACCCUGAAGAAUCCGGAAGUGGAUGCUCAUCACCAAAUGUUGAUUCCCGACCUGUGUCUCCUGAAACACACGAACGGCCCCGAACGGAAGACAGAACACCGUCUCCAAGCGGAAGUGUUUCGCCUAAAAUGUCACCGGAACCGUCAAGAAUUCCAAUCAGUGACGAGGCCAAAAGAGACUUUUUAGCAAAAUCUACCUACGAAGAACAUUAUCAUGGUUUGGGACCAAAGCGUCAGCCUGUCGAAGUGCUAUCGCGUGUUUUUCCUCAUAUGAAUAGAAGUGUUUUACAGUUGAUAUUACAGGGCUGCGGCGGAGACACCGUUCAGGCUAUAGAACAAAUCUUGAACAACAAAAAUGAUCAUACGACCACGUCUACCCCUAGUCAGGUUUCUCAAGCCCAGAGUGUCUUCCCACAAUCUUACUUUACGUCACCACUCAACUCAAACGCCUUUAAAUCAGCGUUUUCGCCGAUAGGGGCGCCACCGACAGCUCAUCUCAACUCAAUUAGAUACACUUAUGGUGCUGGAGCGAGGGGUUUGGCGCUGACUAUGCCUUAUCCUCCAGUUCUGCCAGGUCUUACUAUGGGUUCAGCUUAUGGUUACAGCGGACUUUCUAAUGGCAACAAGGCGUUUCAUUACGCCAUGUGUCCAUGCUGUACAACUAAACCAUAUUCUCAGCAGUCUUCGGAUAAAGGUACCCCAUGUCUUAGUGAUUAAUUUCGUCUCAAAUAUUCUGACCGGAUUAUAUGAAUUUUAUUAUUAAAAAUCGUAAUUUUACAUGAUUAUGACACUGAAACUGUAUUAAGUCAUCAUAUUUUUGUAAAAAUAAAAAAAAGAGACGGUUCCUUCUAAUCGUGAUCUGUUUGUUUUAGGAAAUUUCCAGGGAUAUAGAACUGAUUUUUUAACAAUUUCACCUCUUAAUUGUUUGAAAUAAAAAUUACGCAGUUUAUUUAACAGUUUUAAGAGUUGUAAUUAUAAUAGUUAUUUUUGGUUUGUUUUUAACAAUUAAUAUGUAAGAGGUUGCAAAAAACACCACCUCAUUUUCCACCAAUCGGCGUACUUAAAUACUUGGUCAUAAGGAAGAAAUUAAUUCUAAUUUAAGGAGAUUGGAAAUAAUUCUUGGUUAAUUUAUUUAUUGAUCUGUAUUCAUUAUGUAGAUAUAAUAUAAAAUUUAUCAUUAUGUAUAUUUAUUAUUUUUAAAUAAUGUGAAAUAUGUAAAUAUCGUUUUAAGUAUUGUAGAAAAAAAACAACGUUUGAACAUAUUUUCUUUAACUGUUAUUGUUAUACAUUGAUGUUCGUUUUUAGUGCUCAAUUAACGGAUCCGAAAUCCAUUUGUGAAGGCUGAAAAUAUAUUUAACAAAUUUCUGUGCUUUGUAUGCCUAACUUAAACCUUAUAACCUAUCUGAAAUCCAUUUGUGAAGGCUGGAAAUGUAAUUUGAAUUUAUAACUUAUCUGAAAUCCAUUUGUGACGACUGGAAAUGUAUUUUAAAUUUGUCUUUGCUUUGCUUUGUAAUUUAUCUGUAAGUGAAGGUUGGAAAUAUUUUUUGAAUUUAUAACUUAUCUGAAAUCCAUUAGUGAAGGUUGGAAAUAUUUUUUGAAUUUAUAACUUAUCUGAAAUCCAUUAGUGAAGAUUGGAAAUAUGUUUUGAAUUUAUAACUUAUCUGAAAUUCAUUAGUAAAGGUUGGAAAUAUUUUUUGAAUUUAUAACUUAUCUGAAAUCCAUUAGUUAAGAUUGGAAAUAUGUUUUGAAUUUAUAACUUAUCUGAAAUUCAUUAGUAAAGGUUGGAAAUAUUUUUUGAAUUUAUAACUUAUCUGAAAUCCAUUAGUUAAGAUUGGAAAUAUGUUUUGAAUUUAUAACUUAUCUGAAAUUCAUUUGUGAAGGUUGGAAAUAUAUUUUCAUUUUGACUUUGCUCUGUACGUUUAAGUCUUAUAUACAUAUUUUCCUAAAAAAAUUCAAUUUGAUAAAAGUUUUCAGUGAACAUAUUGCUACUGAAAUUAUAAUAAAAUUAUCUGCCCAAGCCCUCCCCCCACCCACCCACACCCACACACACACCCACACACACACACACUUAGUAGCAGUAGCAUCAGCUUAGAUUAGAAUGGAAGACGUAGCGUAGAUAUAUACUUAAUGUCAUCAUAAUAUUAUUGACCAUUGAAUAAAUCAUAAUAUUAUUUAGCAUAUUACUGAAACCCAAUCAUAAUAUAAAUCAAAUACUUAGUUGUAUUUGUAAAAUUCGUGAGCUGCAUAAAAUACAUUGUAAUUAUAAAUCUUUUAUUUCGUUUCAAGUAGUCUCAGUCCUGUUGUAACACAGUGACAGGUGUAAAAUGCAUACUUCUUGUCAUUGUUUUAAAUAAUUAUAUAUUCACCUUAUAUUAUGUCGAGUAGCUUCCCCUCUUCGUACGCUCUGUUUAUUGCUGAUUGAAUAAUGCCAUUUGUCUUCGUUCCCGUAUCCCUGGUGUACAAGAAAUUAAAGCCUCCUAAGGUCAUUCUUUUCCAAACUACAAUAUUGUGAAAGUUGCAUCUCUAAACUGAAUAUCGAUUCAACAAUAAUCCAAUUCCGUUCAGAAUUGAAAAUUCAGCAUCUAAUGUCUAACGGGCGUCAUCCUUUAAGUUUAGCUGAAUCGUUCAAUGGGUCUUUUUCUAACUCGGAAUAAAUCAAUACCGGGAAAUUAUCAACGAUUGAUAUCUUGAUUUUGUUUUUCUGGUUAAUUGUUACAUAAUCAAUGUGAGUAAAUUUUACGAAGAAUCCGAAUGACGCACGGAGGCUUUAAUUAUGUACAUAAUUAUUUUGUAAAUAGAAAUGUUCUUGAACAUUGUUUGUAAAUAAUUGAUGUAAAUAUGUUUACCUUUGAAUGUUCCUCAGAAAUAAAAUUUUAAAAUUUCA